AUGGCAGAACCCAAUUUCCCCCCACUGCCCGGAUUCAUUCCACUCAAGCCAUGUUUCUACCAGGACUUUGACGAGAUCCCUGAGCAGCAUCGCAACAUGUGCAAGAAAAUGUACCACCUGUGGAUGUUGAACAGCGCCACACUCGCAGUAAAUCUCGUGGGAUGCUUCGUCUGGAUGUUCGGUGGAGGUGGAGUCACCAACUUUGGACUGGCCAUCAUCUGGCUCCUCAUGUUCUCUCCCUGCUCUUACGUCUGUUGGUUUAGGCCCAUCUACAAGGCCUUCAAGAAUGACAGCUCCUUCAACUACAUGCUGUUCUUUUUUGUGUUCAUGGCCCAAGUCGGCAUCAGCAUCAUUCAAAGCAUCGGCAUCCCUGGCUGGGGAGUGUGUGGUUGGCUGGCAACCAUCUCCUUCUUCAGCUAUAAUAUUUUUAUUGCACUGGUAAUGCUGAUCCCUACGAUCAUGUUCACGGUUGUGGCCACGCUGUCCUUCAUCGCCCUCACCAGGAUCCAUAAUUUCUACCGUGGCAGUGAUGGCAGCAUGUCCAAAGCUCAGGCGGAGUGGGCCACUGGCGCCUGGAAGAACCCUCAUGUCCAGGCCGCGGCCCAGGAAGCCGCCAUUGGGGCCGCGACCGGAGGCAUGCAGCAGGGUCAGUACUCCAGCCCACAAUAUAACGACAACCAGGUGUAA